UACAUCUCUACCCUACCCACUUGAUACACACUAUUUUCACUCCUUCCUGGAUAUCUUCUUCUGCAUCUCCCCAAAUCAAGUUCCAUCUUCCUCUUUCCUUUUUUCUGGUAAAUGGAGGCCUCCAAGAACGAACGUCUUGAUUUUGGGAAGAUGGGUUAUGGCUGCAAGCAUUAUAGAAGGAGAUGCAGGAUUAGAGCUCCCUGUUGUAACGAAGUUUACGAUUGUCGCCACUGUCACAAUGAAGAAGCGAGUCUGUUGAAGUACUACGCCGAUCGCCAUGAAGUUAACAGAUAUGACGUCGACCGUAUCAUUUGUUCAGUCUGUGAUACAGAGCAGCCGGUCGCCCAUGUCUGCACCAACUGUGGAGUUAGAAUGGGAGAAUACUUCUGUGAUAUCUGCAAGUUUUAUGAUGAUGAUAUUGAGAAAGAACAGUUCCAUUGCAAUGAGUGUGGAAUCUGCAGGGUUGGUGGUCGAGACAACUAUUUCCACUGCAAAAAAUGCGGAUCGUGUUAUUCGGUGGGAUUGUUGGGCAACCACUCGUGUGUUGAAGAUUCAAUGAGGCACCACUGUCCAAUAUGCUACGAGUAUCUCUUUGAUUCGUUGAAAGACACAACUGUAAUGAGAUGUGGGCAUACAAUGCAUUACGAAUGUUAUCUGGAGAUGAUAAAACGAGACAAUUACUGCUGUCCUAUUUGCUCGAAAUCGGUUCUUGACAUGUCAAAAACCUGGAAAAGGAUAGACGAGGAGAUUGAAGCAACUGUCAUGCCUGAUGAUUAUCGCGAUAAAAAGGUGUGGGUUUUGUGCAACGAUUGUAACGACACGACGCAAGUAAUGUUCCACAUAAUCGGGCACAAAUGCGGUCACUGCAAAUCCUACAAUACGAGGACAAUCGAACCUCCUGUCCUUCCCCAAUGAUUACAAAACAAAACAUACAAAGAUUGUUUUGUUUUGUUGUUUAAAAACAUCAUAUCUCUAAUGAGGAGAGAAUUCCUUGUUUGCAUUUUACUACUCCAAUUAUUAUUAUUAUUGGUAUAGAAUUGAACUUUGUUAUAUUUAUUCCAAGCUUGAAUGUAAUUUGUUGUAUCAGUAUUUUGAAAUUUCCAAUGUUAUUUGUAAAUGUCUAUUAAAUUCUCUAUAUUACAAUUUUUAUUUUUAACAGCCA